AUGGCUGGAGCAAGCAAGCCGACGAGCGCUGCAGCAGGAGGCGCGCCAGGGAGCGUCUCGCCGGCAAGGACCUCCAUCCUGCCAGAGCUCAUCUCCCAAGGUCUGACCAUCAACACGCUACGUCACGCAGUCUUUCUCUACGUCGUCCACACCUACCUGCUGCGUGCAUGGCGUCAUCUUCGAGCGUACGGUGUGACGCCUACCAUCUAUCAGCUGUACACUUCCAUUUCGCGCUUGCUCUUGAGCCUCACGCUCAAGAUCCCCGCAUUGAAGCGCAGGGUGAACAGGGAGCUGGACAGCGCCACCAAGGGCAUCGAGGACAAGCUCAUCGCCAAACCUCCCGCCGGUCUCAAUGUCACCCACACCAACGAGUCGCUGCCGACGCGUGGAAAGAGCAGAGAGUGGUUGCUUCAGGCGCUGCAAGAGCUGCAGAACUUGGAGCUGGCCCCUUUGCAGCAUGGCGAUGAAGGACAAAGGGCAGUCGAGCGAGCAGAUGGACAGCGUGUGUGGAAGGGAGGCAAGAUUAGCGGUGCCGUAUACCAUGGCGGCGACGAGAUGAGCGAAGUGAUCUCCACCGCCAUUUCCAAGUUUGUCCUGACGAAUCCGGUGAGUAUGGCCGGCAGGCAGGCAGGCAGGCAGCCGCAUGUAUGCAGCCACGCGGGGUCCCACGUUGCUCACACCCGUGAGUAUGCGAUCGAUCGCGCACGGCUUGCUCGCAGCUGCAUCCAGACGUCUUUCCUGGCGUAAGACGAAUGGAGGCAGAGGUGGUGUCGAUGGUGCUGAGGCUCUUCAACGCGCCUGAUAGCGGUGCCGGUACCACGACGAGCGGAGGCACAGAAUCGAUCAUCAUGGCAGUCAAGGCAGCUCGCGAUUGGGGUCGAGUCAAGAAGCACAUUACGAGGCCAGAGAUCAUCGUCUCCUCAUCAGCUCACGCAGCUUUCCACAAAGCGGCCGCUUAUUUCAAGAUCAAGAUUGUAACCGUAGAGGUGGACAGGGUGACGCGCCAAAUCAAGCUGGAGCAGGUAAAGAGGGCCAUCAACGGCAAUACCGUCUUGCUCGUCGGCAGCGCGCCCAGUUUUGGAGAAGGUAUCAUCGACGACAUUCCUGGUUUGGCUGCUCUUGCUAGGCGCUCCAGUAUCCUAUGUCAUGUCGACUGUUGCCUGGGCAGCUUCCUUGUCCCUUACCUUGAGCCUGCCGGUCUUCCAUCUCAACCCUUCGACUUUCGCGUCGAUGGCGUCACGUCGAUCUCGUGCGACACUCACAAGUACGGCUUUGCACCAAAGGUGAGACGAGCAGCAGGCGAGCGAUCUAGUGACGAGGAGCUGAGCAGUGCUUUGCGUUGCCAGGGCUCGUCGGUCAUCAUGUACCGUACAAGCGAGCUGCGUCGCUUUCAAUACUACGUGCAGCCCGAUUGGACAGGUGAGCCAACUCGACGGGCGUGGCGCACGUUGGCCUCGCUGAUCGCGUCAAAUCCCCACCUCUUGCCAUAUCAGGCGGUGUAUAUGCUUCUCCUUCCAUCGCCGGCUCCAGACCUGGUGCGCUGAUCGCAGGCACUUGGGCAGCGCUGAUGACCAUGGGCGACGACGGUUACACUGCUUCGUGCGCCUCCAUCGUCGGUGCCGCACGCCGCAUAGAGCAAGCUAUCCGGGACGAGAUUCCGCAGCUGGUGGUCAUGGGCAACCCGAUCGUCUCGGUGGUUGCGUUUGCUAGCGCGGGUAAAGUCAACAUCUACGAAGUGGGAGACAAUAUGAGCAAAAAGGGGUGAGUGUUCGGGCGCUGCUUCGUGCUUGGAUGCGCUGCCCUGCUGACACAGUCGAGGUCAUCGCUUCGUGUCGCGAUCAGGUGGCAUCUCAAUGGUUUGGCGACAGACCCACCCGCUGUGCACAUUGCCUGCACGCGUCUGACGGUUCCCGUAGUCGACGACUUUAUCAGCGACCUCAAGGCAUCCGUAAAGGAAGCGAGAACGCGAUCAGCACAGCCUGGCUCCAUGGCCGUGCUCUACGGACUUGGCGCCAGUAGCGCCAUUGGACCUGGACUGGUGACUGAAAUGGCGUCCAGAUUCAUCGACACGCUGUACAAGCUAAGGUGA